AGUGCCACCGAUCAGUAACAUUUUUACAGAAUACAACUUCAUUUAAUCUGUAACGGCAAAACUCGUUGUCACCGAAACGUUUUAAUCUGUCAAAACGUACAUCUACAAUGUGCGUUAAAUGGCGACUCCUGCCGAUAGGUGGCGGCAUGACGCCGUUUGAUUGGAAUGGCUGAGUAGAAGAAAAGUGUUGUCGUAGCAACUUGAUGCGAGUAAAAUUACCCAGCCUUUACAUUGUACAAGUUUUAUGUGCUAUUUUUGUUAAUAUUAUUUAUUAACCCACCAACUGAACUCUCUUGGCAAGCCUUAAAACUUUACCGAGCGGUACCUAAAUUUAAUGUUGGGUGUUUACUGUAAUCCGAUGAUUUACUAAACCGUUUAAUACUUUGUUAUCACUGGUAACGUUUCACACGAAGUACUGUCUAAUAUUAUCUAGUUUCAAUGUCGGUGGUAAGCAGUUUGGUGCCAUCGCGUUUUCUAACUCUCAUCGCGCACCUUGUAAUUGUUAUAAUCAUCUUCUGGUCCAGAGAGAACAGUGUCAAAGCUUGUCUACCACUAGACUACACGAAUGAAGAAUACAGAUCAGAGGACACGCGGCUUGUGGUUGCAUUAUCUGUGACUCUUGGCCUGUUUGCUGUAGAACUGAUCGGGUUUCUAUCUGGCAUCUCUAUGUUUAACAACAAUCAAGCCCUUCUGUCCAUUGGAUGUCAUGCUAGUGGGUCUGUGGCUCUGCUCUUCUUUAUGUUUGAGCAAUGGACCUGCAGCAUUUAUUGGUGGAUCUUUGGUUUCUGUAGUGUGAUUCCGGCACUGUAUGAAAUAAUACUUUUCAUAGUAGUAUGCGGAUUAAAGAAGAAGCCUCUGUAAGUGUUUCUGCCCUCUCCUCCGCUGGAUUUGGUGCACAGGAGGCCAAAUGUUGUCUUGCCAUGGCUGCAAUAUAAAACCUAAAAGUAGAAUAACAUUCACUGGCACAAUAAAACAGUGUUCCUCUUCUGAAAAUAGCUUACUGUUUUAUAGUCUUUUUGAUGUUUUUUGUAGUUCUACAUUUAGUUUUAGAUGUAGUGUUUAAGAAUACUUUUGUAAUACUAUUUGUUGUAUUUAUUUUGAAUUUAUUAAACUUUUUUGUAUUUUGUCA